UAAGUAUUAACCACUCUUAUCGUUGCAAUAUCCUAAUGGGGUAUGGCUGCAUAUAAAGAUCGUUUGUCCCCUUAUUAUAACGAAAUGUCAUAUUCACUUUGAUUGAAUUUUGGGUUUUCAGCCCAUUCCCCUUUGUCUCCUCAGCCCUCCUCCCUCGGCUAUCUUGGUCCCGGGGGUGGUGGGUGUACUUUGUUUCCCUGCAAAAAUAUGGAAGGCUCCUGCAAUGAACGCCUUUAUUUUGGCAAAAUGGGUUAUGGAUGCGAGCACUAUAGGAGAAGAUGCAGGAUUAGGGCGCCUUGCUGUAAUGAGGUCUUUGAUUGUCGUCAUUGUCACAAUGAAGCAACGAGCUUGUUGCGCAAUAUAUAUGAUCGGCAUGAACUGGUUCGACAUGAUGUAAAGCAGGUCAUUUGCUCAGUUUGUGAUACAGAACAGCCAGCUGCUCAUGUUUGUACAAAUUGUGGUGUAAAUAUGGGAGAAUACUUCUGUGAAGUGUGCAAAUUCUAUGACGAUGAUACAGACAAAGAGCAGUUUCAUUGUGAUGAUUGUGGAAUCUGCAGAGUCGGUGGCCGUCAGAACUUUUUUCACUGCAAGAAGUGUGGCUCUUGCUAUUCAGUUAAUUUACGUAAUAACCACUCGUGUGUGGAGAACUCCAUGCGGCAUCAUUGUCCCAUUUGUUAUGAGUAUCUCUUUGAUUCUCUUAAAGACACAACAGUAAUGAAAUGUGGUCACACAAUGCACACUGAGUGCUACCACGAGAUGAUAAAGCGUGACAAAUGCUGCUGCCCCAUAUGUUCCAAAUCAAUCAUAGAUAUGUCGAGAGUUUGGAGAAGAAUGGAUGAGGAGAUUGAAGAAACAAUCAUGCCUGAAGAUCUCCGAGACAAGAAGGUUUGGAUUCUAUGUAAUGACUGUAAUGAUACAACCGAAGUAUUCUUCCACAUUAUCGGGCAGAAAUGCCGACACUGUGAAUCAUACAACACCCGCAUGAUUGCAUCUCCAGUUCUUCCUCAAUAACAAUUUUCUUACUGGAAAAAAAACUGAUUGUUGCAUGCUGGAACCCAGUGGGCAGGUAACAAAAGAAUGAUUUAUGGUGUGAUCUUCACCAAAUGUGAUUCUCUUUUCAAUCCUUUCUACAUGAUUUGCCGCCUUUGCAACACAACUCAACUUGCAUAGCGGAUGCAUUUAUCAUAUUAUUCUUUCUUCAAUGAUGUGGAGUAGAAAAUCCAACUGAUCUGAUACCAUAUAGAAUGCAUAAGUACAUUGUAGUGCUAUUGUGUUAAGAUUGCCAAGUGGAUGAAGGUAUUACAAUUCAUAUAUUUCGAACCCCGAAAGGGCUUGCUGUAACAUGCACAAGAUUUAUAAUCACUGUAAAUAUGUACUAUAUAAAGGAGCUUUUUGGUUGUACACAUGUUUCAGGCCCUUUAAAGA